AUGGCUUACCCCCAAAGCAAUGACAAAGCAGAAGUCACCAAUCGGGAGAUUCUCAGAGGAAUGCAAGCUCGGCUCGACCACGCAAGAGGCAGCUGGGUCGACAAACUCCCUAGAAUCCUAUGGGCCGUGCACAUGACCCCGAAGGAGGCGACCAGCGUGCCUCCAUUCCAUCUAGUGUAUGGCGGUGAGGCACUAGUCCCGGUGGAAGUCGGAGUGGAGUCCAAUCGGGUGCAGCACUACGACGAGGAGAACGAUGAGCGAAGAUUGAUGGAGCUAGACUUGGUCAACGAAGCACGGGACAAGGCUGCAAUUCAACUUAUGGCAUACCGACAGCAAAUGAAAUAG